AUGCGCGAGCUUGGCAACGACAUGGAUAACGCGGUUCGAGGGGGCGUGGGCGUUGUGAAAGCGCGUCUACGUGAUUUUUCUCCGCACUGCUGGCUCCUGCACGAUGGAUUUGUUCCCGCUGGCCCCAACGGCAUCCGGUUCGAUGCACGCGAUUACAAGAGCUCUCCAUUUCGUUUAGUCCGCUAUUUUCUUUGUUCGGAAAAAUGA